AUGGUUCGGACAAUCACCAAAGCGCUGCCGAUAACGGAGGAGCAGUGCGAGGAGCUAUGGAGUGCUGUCAAGGAGGCGCUCGAGUUGGCCUUUUCGGGUGACUCUCAACUCCCGGGCGGAUCCAGAUUCUAUGGCUUCCGGAUCUCGACCAAGGAUCUAUGCGGUGUUUCCCAGGCCACAGCAAACUCUCGUCACAAGCAGCCGUCGUCAGCGCCACGGAGCGCAAGCGACUGCGUCAGUCCAAAGGAUAGGUUCGGGCUGGAUGCUCGACCCUCGGUUACAGCCGAUAUGGUCCAACGGGCCGACGAUCCUUCUGUGUUCUAUUCGGAGAACGAAGUCAUGGGGUUUCUGAAGGGCGACCUGUCCAGCACCGAUGCUUAUGCACUUCCCAAGAUACCCACCUUCUCCCGGGAAUCCCAGAUACCCGUCCCCACCCGGCUCUCGAUGAUGCAGUCGUACAUCCGAGCCCUGGGAUACAACUACUUCAAAACCCCCUUCUGGGACAUUCGUAAGAGCGCAUCAUUGCGCAAGCUGAUGACCAUGGCCAAGGAAAUGACCCUGUUUGCGCUGCCCAUCAAGUGUCUCGAGGCCACCGUUCUCGGCGUCUAUCUGACCCACAACAUGGAUGUCCAGCGGAUCCCGUUGAGCUUCAAGUCGGUGUGUGAAGGCAACGUCUAUCGACAUAUUGUGCUGGUGAUUCGGCACCAAAGCAAGUACGGUGCUCUGGGGCUCUCUCGCCGAGAUGACUUGAUGUACAAGGCCUUGAGAUACGAUACCCUGGAAGACCUGAUACUGGAUUACAAAGAAGCCUACGAAUCGAAUUGGCACCGUCUGCAAAAGAUCAAGCUCGGACUUCCAGUACCGCACGACCUGUCCAGCAAUGACAAAUUGCCGUGGAAGCACAUCUCAAUCAGCCUCGACAACGGGUGGAGCCUGGAAGUGUCCAAGUCACUCGAGAGCUACCUCCGGUUAAUUCGCAUGAUGUAGCCAUCAAGACCCCGGCAGGACCUAGCCAUGGCACCAUACCCACAGAAGGCAAGGUGCUCCAGGAUUGGAGUAAUACAGGGCACCAUGGGCGACGCUGUAUUAUUGAUCAUGUCCCA